CUUACAUAUAUUGUUAAAGAACUGCACCGCUCACUCGCUCCCGUGUGGCUUGCAACACCGUCCGCUCUUGUGCUGAGGUCAACUCGGCUACCCAGCAUCAACACAAACGAAGCUCCGGUAUCACUUCCCCCAUUAAAAUGUCACUAACAAUGCACCGACGCCCGGUCGCGGGCAUCAGCAGCAGGAAGCCAUCAGUGCGGGUCGCUGCCUUGUUCGGCAAGCCCAAGGCCUCAACCACCACCUCAGGCUCGAAGAGCGGCUCAUCUGCCCGCAUCACAGGGCGUGCGCCGGUGCUCGCGGACCCGGUCGACUUCGAGCAGGUCGGCUUCCGCUUUGACCCGGCCAACAACCGCUGGCUGCGGGACGACCGCUUCGCGGGCAAGUUCGACCAGACCCUGGCCACGCCCAAGAGCGGCACUCCCUACGUGGUGUGGCCUGCCAUCCACACGCUCCUGGUCAGCAAGGGCCUACGCAGCGUGACGCCCGAGGAGGCUCGCAUCCUGACUGAGGAGCAGGGCUGGACGCUGGUGGAUGUGCGGCUGGGCGACGACUACCUCAAGAACCACGCCGAGGGCGCCAUCAGCCUGCCCAUCUACCGCUAUGUGGAGGGCACGGGGUUCUGGGACAACGUCAAGAAGGCGGCCAUGGCGGUGGGGUUCGCCAUGAGGGCCACGGAGCGCGACCCGGGCUUUGCCGACAAGGCCCUGGGCCAGCUGAAGAAGAACCAGAAGGUGGUGCUCAUGUGCGCCAUUGGCGGCACGUUGGACACGCUGCUGAACCUCCGUCAGGGCGUCAAGGCGGCCAUCCGCGACCCUGAGCGGGCUUUCGGCCGGGAGUCCCGGUCGCUCAAGGCUGCGUAUGAGCUCAUCAACGCGGGCUGGGACGCCAAGAACAUCUACUGGGUGGAGGGCGGCCUGCAGCAGUGGCGCUUCCGGGGCCUGCCCACCGAGGGAACCAAGGCGUAAGGGCAAGGCGCGAGGGCAAGGCGUGAGGGCAAGGCGUGAGGGGCGCGACUGGCAUUCAUUGGGGGGGAGCUGCAGUACCCCUGCGCUGCGGGGAGAUGCACGGGGGAUGGCUGCAAGCCGCUGGAGUAAAGCUCCGAAGCUGGGAGUAGGGAGCAGCGUGAGUGUCCAGACUGGGGCUGUUAAUGGCAGAGAGCGCGUGGCAACCGCGAAUGCAUUGCGCACAGAGAAGCAUUAAAGGGUAGCAGUGGAGGGUAGCAGUGGGGGAUGGAAUUGCUCCAGGCCAUCGGCUAUGGCAGGUAUGGCUGUGAGAAGGGGUGUCAGCUUUGUACAGCUGGAAAAUGGGCUGAGCCCCCGUACGCUUGGGAGCUAAUAGGCGUGUAUCGCCCCGUCAGAGCCUGUAUGGCGCAAGGCGACAGCGAGAACUGUGAGCACAGUGAAGAAUAUGCCUCGGGUUUGAGCCCGCCCCAAGCGUCCAAGUAAAAGGGCCGGCUGUACGACUGUUGCCGCCUGAGCCAUCCUUGGGUUAUGACCCAUACGUGUGUAUGGGUCAUACGUCUGGGCAGCUGGGCUACUGGGCCAAAUUCAAGCCUACGACAUUAUUGUC